AUGGCGCAUGGCAAAGCCGCCCUGUUCGCCUUGGCGCAUCGUAAAGUCGCCCUGCUCGCCUUCCGCUCCGCGCCUCGUCAGCUGCCGGCGCUCGGCACGAGGCCACUGUGCCUGCAGGCUCCGGGCGGCGGCUCCACUCGGGCCAAAAAUCUGUGGGACGGCGGCGGCGAGGCGACCGCCGUUACGCCAAUUUCAGGCCAGUUUGGCGGGCCGUCUGCAGCUGCCGAGCGCUUCGCAAAGGAGAGCACCGCCGCCGCUUACGCACUGCAGAGCCCGCCGUCGCCGUCAGGGCCCAGCAUCGGCCUCCCUGAGAACUGGUGGCACGGGUCUGGGGAUGCCGCGCCUCCAGAGCAUUCUGACAUGGGCACGGCGAGCCUAAGCUCGGUGCUGACCGGCUCCGUGCAGUCGCUGUGGAUCACGGAGCUGUGCCGGACGAUGUCGCUGACCUUCCUGAUGUUCUGGAAGGAGAAGGUGACGAUAAACUACCCCAUGGAGAAGGGCGCGCUCGCUCCCAACCCUCCCCCAUGCCGCGCGCUCGCGCAUCGAGCCUUGCUGGGCGCCCUCUCGCCGCGCUUCCGCGGGGAGCACGCGUUGCGCCGCUACGCGACCGGCGACGAGCGCUGCAUCGCCUGCAAGCUGUGCGAGGCGAUCUGCCCGGCGCAGGCAAUCACGAUCGAGGCGGAGGAGCUGCUUUACGAUAAGCAGAAGCUGCUGGAGAAUGGCAACAAGUGGGAGACGGCCAUCGCGGCAAACAUCGCCGCCGAGUACGUCUAUCGAUGA